CUUGACACCGACGCGCCAAACCACCGUCCUUCCUACGCCUUCCGCUUCGCUCCGGCCGCUGCACCGCCUCUGUUCAACCUAUUUCGAUGUCGCCGACGCGUUUCCGGCUUUCACUUUUCCGAUUGGCGAUCGUAGAAGGAGAAAUCGCCUUGAACAGUGUCAAACAUCAAGGUGGCACCUGCGUUUGCAGCCACCAAUUCAAUUUAAUUUGCUUGGUGAGGUAUCAAGAAGCUGAUUUAAUUAUUCGACUUUACCUUGACGGAUUUUGCUUCACCAAAUUCGUGAGGAAGCUUCUGCCAUUUGGGAAAUUUGAAGGGUUGCUGCCCAGAUCUCCUCUCAUCUGUUUCCAAGAAGUGGCGACUCACAUCUCGAGGACCUUGGGGAACACUGAUCAAUCUUCAUCGACUGGUUUGGUGAGUAGGCGGUGAUUCCGCUCAAUGGUGAAGGGUCGGGUCAGACCACUUGAAGUCGACCGGCAGCAUUGAUGGUCGGCGGAGUAUUUUUCUACUAGGCCAUACGGUGUUAGGACCACACUCAUUACAUGGAAUACAAGAUCUCUUUAAGCACUUGUUAAUCUAAUCUGUCUUCUUCAUCUAUAAUGUCCCUUUGAAGACUAAGUCAAGCUGUACUCUUUUGUUCUCUUUUGGCCUCCUAAGAUGUAGGAUCCUUUUGUACUUUGUUGUGGCAUCUGCCCACCCUUUUAGCUUCAUAUAUUGUACUUGGCUGAUCUAGCAAUCAAUCAAUGAAAAUAC